CUCUGAGUAUUGAAACGUGGAAGUUUGGACUGGCUUAUUGUCCCGUUUUAUAGAAACGCUUUCAUGGAGAACAGUGGCAAAGUUUCUCUGAGAAGGCAGUCUUCAUUCAGCAGACAACCCGUUCUGGCGGUACCAAUGGUCGGAUUCGCAAGAUGUAAGAAAAUAGUGUGUAUUGGCGUUUUCUUCGCUGCCGGUGUGUUGUGCGGACAUAUCUUUACGCUGCUUGCCAACAGGUCAGGCAUGUCGUCUGCUCACACAGAACACGAGCAACCCGCUGCAAAAAGAGCUGCCCUUAUUGCAGAAGCAGAGAAACGAGGAGCCGAAGAGGCGCUACUCAGCCGAAAGAAAGACAUGAGUCUACAAUUCAGAGAUUAUCAACCUCGACAUAUAUUCAUUAACUGUGGGGGCACUUUUCCGAAAAAUGUGGAUCUCUUUAUUGACACGUAUCCAUCGUCACAUAAAUUCGUUAUAUUUUCGUUCAUCCCCGACGCGACCUAUGCUCCGCUGUACUCGGUGUACCCGUCCCAUACUCUGGUGUCACCGGCUGCGUGCGACUCCGCGAAUGGGUCGACCAGGAUGGAACUAAAGUCUGUGACCGGUGAGUCGAGACAAAGGUCUGUUCCAACUGUUGACAUUGGACAAUGGGUCAAGGACAAUACUCAUACCGACGAACACAUCGUGCUCAAAAUAGAUGCAUCGGUAGAUGUUGAAAAAAGCAUUGCAAAACGCCUAGCAGAGACAUCAGCUAUUGAAUGGGUAAACAAGUUCUAUACCGCUACAAAAGAUCAAGGUGUUGUUGACUUCUAUCAUAAAGAGUUCCAGAAACGAGGCGAGGAGGUUAUGACCUGGGACGAGGUCAACGGCACAUACGGGGACUACAAGGGCAUCAACCCCACUCGAAACCCCCCGUCUGGAAACUCCAUCGUCAAAGAAUGUGGAAAUGCUAAACUCAAGCAAUUCCCUCUCUUCCUCUACGCCGCAGAAACCACACCUGCUCUCAACCGGACGUUGACCUUGCUUAAAACGUUGUCCGAGUCCCGAAGCAGACGACUUCCGGUUGCUUUGUUUCUCCCUACCAGCUUCAUCAAGACAUAUCGUCUGUUGCUUGAGUCCCUGUUCUCUAACAUGGACGGGGGUUUGUACAUCAAUCAGACAGUCCCAUUGACAGGCAAAGAGGAAGAAGAUGAUGUCAUAUUUUCACCAAUCCGAAAUCAAGUGGUCGCAGCUGAGAACCGCUUUAGCAGUGUUGGUUUGAUACUUCAGAACGUGUUGGCGGGAAAGGCAGUUCAAUCGCCCGUCGUGGAGAAAUUAGUACGAGAGAGACACUACAAUAUUUUCGUAAAGGUUUUAGAAAUACAACAAAAUCAAAACGACGGUGCGAGUCCGAUAAAGAUCCCCACUAUUACAGACUAUGAGGCGCCUGUUCUGGACAUCAGCAGGCCUGGUACAGAAGCAAGUGUUCUAUUCCUGUUAAACCGAUAUUCGAAGGACAUUCUCCCUCUGACGGAAUGUCUCAAAUAUGUACACAGUGCUGGAUGAUGGUGAAUAAUGAAAUAUUGUGGUUAUGUUGGACUUUGAAUGAUCUUGUAAUACCAAAUUGCAAUCUCAUUAAAAUAAUAUCUUUUACCCCCAUUCG